AGAAAACAUCAACUAGAGAAAAGUCCUUAUCAAUGCCCCUUUCAUCAAUACCUUCAAACUUUUGGUUGUAGACAAAAGUGUUUAACUCUUUUUCUUUGUAGAAGCUAGUAUAACUACAAGGGAAGCAAACAAACAAACACACAAGAAGGAAAAGAAAGGAAAAGACGAGAUGAAAAACAUCAAGGGAGGAAUUCUAAGGAAAAUCAAAUCCCUUCCAACAUUAGUUUUCCAAGUAAAUCACCCAACCAAAUACUUCCAAACUCAACUAAUUACAACAAACACUCAGCUUGAUGACAAUGAUAUGUUUUGUCAAAACAUUAGCUUUGAUGAUCUUGCAAAUGAUGUUGAUCAUCAUUCUUUUCAAGAAUCAAACACUAUGGAGGAAAACAAAUUCUUGUCUGAUUUUGAAUACAAGUGUCCACCAGGAGGAAAAGACACAAUCAUUUUCUACACAACUAGCUUAAGAGGGAUAAGGAAAACGUUUGAGGAUUGCAACAUGAUUCGAUUCCUACUAGAAAGCUUUCAUGUUGUAUACUAUGAACGAGAUGUAUCGAUAAACAUUGAGUAUAGAGAUGAAUUAUGGCAAAUUCUUGGAGGUAGAAUAGUCCCUCCAAGAUUGUUUAUUAAAGGUAGACACAUUGGUGGAGCUAAUGAAGUUGUUGGACUUCAUGAACAAGGGAUUUUAAUGAAACUCUUACAUGACAUUCCUUUGAUUUCUUCAAAUUUUCCAUGUAAAGGGUGUAGUGGGAUUAGAUUUGUUUUGUGCUUAAGUUGUCAUGGAUGUUGCAAGAUCAUUGAUCAAGAUCAAGGGAAAGAUACUAAUGGAUAUCGAAUUCGAUGUCCAAAAUGUAACGAAAAUGGAUUGAUCAAGUGUCCUGUUUGUAGCUAAUUUUGGUGCCAUCUUCUUGUAAAUAUAGUAUCAUCUUGAAGCUUCGGUAAAGUUGUUUCAGUGUUACCUAUUAGGUCAUGGAGUUCGAGCCGUAUACACUACUUUGAACUCUACAUGAAUGUGAAAUGUUUUGUGCA